UUUUCUUUGAAGGCCAGGCCUCUCUCGCUCUCUCUCUCUCUCACAGCUUUAGUUUCUCUCCCAUAUUUACAACACACUUAAACAUAAACAAGAUUUUAAAUCCAAAGAUCAACCCUCCCUCUCUCCCCACUUUGUUCCCGUUUUCCCUCUUUCCAUUCCAUUCCCUUGCUAUAUAUAUUUCUUCUCCUUUUUAUCUCACAACCGAAAAAAUAUAUGUGCUUUGGGGGAGACAGAGAUAGAGAUAGAGGGAGAGAGGGAGUGGUUAAUGGUUGAUUCUUCUUCUUCCUCAACAAGAAAAAAACAACAACCAUGGCUGCUUCUACUUCUCCUUGUCCAAGUAUGAAUGACAAGAAGCACUGGUGGCUAAGCAACCGGAAGAUUGUGGACAAGUACAUUAAAGAUGCAAGAAACCUGAUUGCAAGCCAAGAACAGAGCGAGAUUGCGUCGGCUCUUAAGCUUCUAGACGCGGCACUUGCACUCUCUCCUCGCCUAGAAGUAGCUCUUGAACUCAAAGCAAGAUCUUUGCUCUAUCUUAGGCGAUUCAAGGAGGUGGCUGAUAUGCUUCAAGACUACAUUCCUAGCCUUAAAAUGGCAAACGACGAUUCGGGAUCUAUUUCUUCUUCUGAUAGUUCUUCUCAGCAGCUUUCAAGAGAGCGAGUUAAGCUGCUGCCUUCAGAUAACUCUGAUCCAAGUUUCAAGUGUUUCUCUGUCUCCGACUUGAAGAAGAAAGUGAUGGCCGGACUCUGUAAAAAUUGCGAUAAAGAAGGGCAAUGGAGGUAAGUUCCUCGGUUUCUGUUUCUCUUUUGAAGCUAUGGUAUGCGGUUCAACUUUUAAUAACCAUAUUUAUUGUCUAGAUCAGUGGAUAUGUUUUUGCGUUGGUUG